GCCAGGUGGGGGUGGGGAGAGUGGAGGCACUACGCUCCCCAGGGAUCCGGGCCCGCGCGGGUUCCCGCGGGUGGGGAGAGGAAGGAACCAGAUGGGCGGGUUCAAGCGUCGGCGGCGGCGGUCCCGGGGCCGCCGGCUCCUCCCCGCGAGUGUGCCUGUCUGCCGCUCGCCGCGCUGAGGCAGUGCGGUGGCGGGCGGGCCGAGGCUGCCGCCCAGCGCCCUGGCCGCGGCCAUGCCCGGGCCCUAGCGCGCCUGCCGCAGCCCGCGCCCCGCGCUCCGCAGCCCGCCAGCCCCGCGCCCGCCGCCGCCUCUUCAAUGGGCAACCUGCUCGGCGGGGUCAGCUUCCGCGAGCCCACCACCGUGGAGGACUGCGACUCCACCUGGCAGACGGACUCGGAGCCCGAGCCCGAGGAGCCCGGGCCGGGCGGCGGCGGCGGCGGCGAGGGCCCGGGGCAGGAGCCCGAGCAGCCUGCGCAGCCCCCGGAGCGAGCGGGCGGGCGGCCCCGCGCCAGCCCCGCGCCGGACGGAGACGCCGAGGCGGCGGGCGCCGAGCAGGGUGGUGAUUCCACUGAAGCAACUGCCAAACCAAAGAGAAGCUUUUAUGCUGCGAGGGAUUUGUACAAAUACCGACAUCAGUACCCACAGAACUUCAAAGAUAUCCGAUAUCAAAAUGACUUGAGCAAUCUUCGUUUUUAUAAGAAUAAAAUUCCUUUUAAGCCAGAUGGUGUUUACAUUGAAGAAGUUCUAAAUAAGUGGAAAGGAGAUUAUGAAAAGCUGGAGCACAACCACACUUACAUUCAAUGGCUUUUCCCCCUGAGAGAACAAGGCUUGAAUUUUUAUGCUAAAGAAUUAACUACAUAUGAAAUUGAGGAAUUCAAAAAAACGAAAGAAGCAAUUAAAAGAUUCCUCCUGGCUUAUAAGAUGAUGUUAGAAUUUUUUGGAAUAAAACUGGUUGAUAAAACUGGAAAUGUUGCUCGUGCUGUUAACUGGCAGGAAAGAUUUCAGCAUCUGAAUGAGUCCCAGCACAACUAUUUACGAAUCACUCGUAUUCUCAAAAGCCUUGGUGAGCUUGGAUAUGAAAGUUUUAAAUCUCCACUUGUAAAAUUUAUUCUUCAUGAAGCUCUUGUAGAAAACACUAUUCCCAAUAUUAAACAGAGUGCUCUGGAGUAUUUUGUUUAUACAAUUAGAGACAGGAGAGAGAGGAGAAAGCUCCUACGGUUUGCCCAGAAACAUUACACGCCUUCAGAGAAUUUUAUCUGGGGACCGCCAAGGAAAGAACAGUCAGAGGGAAGCAAAGCCCAGAAAAUGCCUGCCCCUCCCACCUCUGGUCAUAUCAGUCAAACUUCUAUGCACAAAAAAUCCAAGGACUCUAAAAAUUCCUCCUCAGCUAUUCAUUUGAAUAGCAAAACAGCUGAAGAAAAAAAAGCGGCACCUGGAGGGGCUGGAGAAGAGGCAGACAGGCCUAGCACAGAGCCCAGCAGUGAAGCCACCAAGUCAAAGACAGAGGACGGUAAUGCUGAAAAUUCAAAUUCUCAACUGGAAAAAGCAGUCAGCCAUCCUACAGAGAGGAAGGAAAUUGCAGUUCCUCCUGAAAAAGAUGAAGAAGGUGAAAAUCACAACAAAGACUGUGAAAAUCCUGGAAAUACAGGCUCCCCUGAUGAUGUACCAUUACAGUGAAUUAUCAGAAAACCCGCAAACGUGUAUAGGUAAGGGAGGAAAAACUGUACAAUAUAUCCUGAAGAACAGAGGUCAUUUCAAAUUUUAGCUAUCUGUUUGUAAUUUCUGUUGUAAACAGUUUGUUGUUGGUUUUUUAUUUUGAAUGAUAAUGAAUUUAAUAUUUAGUAAGAAGUUUUAAGCAGGACCCAAUAAAUGAAUGUAUUCUCUAACA